CUCUUCUCUCACCCUCUCCCUGAAUUUAUCGUUCCAGCUUCUUCUCUCACAUAUCUACCACUCUUUUCUCCCAUCAACACAUAUAUACCUUCAACUUCUUGGUCAACGGAUGAAAUGGAUUCUAACAUGUUGGUCUCCAUGGUCAACGAGAGUCCUCUGUUCAGUGAGUUUUGCUGUGAUUCUCAAUGCCUAGGGUUAUGUGUGGAAGACAGAGAUGAACAAAUUAAAGAAGGUGUAGGGUCCUGCGAUGAAGCAAAGGGGCUGAACGGUGAAUGUCAUCUCCUCCUGCGAUGAAGGGCUUCAACGACGAUGUUUGCUCAACGACAAUGAAGGGGUUCAGCGAUGAUGCUUGCUCAACGACGAUGAAGGGCUUCAGCGAAGAUGGCAAGGGUUCACCUUUCUCUCACCAGGGGGUUGUCGAUGGUCCGAGUACCAAGUGUCCAUGGGCGUAUGAAAACAAACACCAGAAUCCGAGCAACGAAUUGAUUAUAAUCCCUGGCUCGGAUCCAAAAAUGAGAAAUCGAUCGGUAGCAACAUGGAUGUGAACUCUCUUUUUGCCUUGAAGAAACAGAAGGGCAAGGCCAAGAAAACGAAGGAGCCGACUGCUCAGAAGCCGGUCGAUGCCUUCUACAGGAAGGAUGGGGAGGAGCCCUCCCAGGCUGUUGCUGGUGAUGGAGCCGGGGGCUCUCAGGCCGAUGCGGCCAUCAAAAAGAAAAGGGCCGGGAAGGAGACCACGCCCCCGGCCAAGAAGCAAAAAGUUGUCGAUCCCGGCAAGCAAACGGCCUCUGACAUCGUGGUUGUCGAGGAUGAGGAGCAUGCCUCCGGCCCCAUCCCCCAGGAGCACCCCAAUUAGGACUUCUUCGGCCGGGAGAAGUUGGAAGCAAUUUUACCGAAGGGAGCCUCCAUCCUGGAUGGCAGCCUCAGCCCUUCGGCGUUGAUGUGCCAGGCGAUGCCCUCGGCCGACCGGCUGACCUUUGCCAGGAUGAGUGAUGAGGGCCUCAACUCGAGGAUUCGUCAGAAUAGUGCCUCCGCCUUCAUGGGACUUUGUGAGCAGCUCCGGAGGGUGGAUCAGCUUAGGGAGGCCAAGCUUGCUGGCGACGGGGAGAUAGCCGCUCUCAUAAGAAAGUUGACUGAAGCUGAAGAUGCCCUCUGGCUGACAAACGAGAGCGUCGAGCAGAGAGUCCAGGCUGCCAGGGCUGAGGGCAAGGAUGAGGGACUGGCAGAGGUCGGGGAGGCAGCUACUGAAGCCGCCAGGAAAGCUACUGAUGAGGCCAAGGCAGCCAAAGAGGAGGCCGCUACUAAGGCCCGAGAAGAUUCUGUAGCCGCUUUUACUGCCGAGGGGUGGAAGACCGAAGGGCAUAAAGAGUGGCUGGCCUCGGUGGUGGAGGCUUCGGUGGAUGCUUUGGUUGGAGGCCCCGACAAGAUGUGGUUGGCUGUGAAGGGUGACUCCUAUUACCAGGGCGGAGAGUUCUUCACCCAACGCCUCAUCUACCGGAAGCUGGAUCAACAUUUCAACAUUCUGCCGGAGGAGUUCCAGCCCGAAGCUUAUGGCCUCCCCCGGCAACCAGACGUCAGGAUUCCCCUCCCCCAGGCGAAGAGAGGCCUGUGCUAGAGGAUUCAGAGACAAUGAGGGAAUGCGGCCUCAGGGAUGAAGAUGAGGCUGAAGGUGGCGCCACCUCGAAGGUUGUGGAGGAAGAUGUAGCCAAUUGCACUUAGAUAAUUUUCGAACAAUCUUUUGUAAUAACAAUUUAGAGCUUUCGGCUUCGGCCCGUUGCGUAACAAACACUUAACAUUUUCCUCGUUUUGUCUAAUGCAUGCCUGCCUUCGGGUUUU